AUGAGUAACCUUCAUUUUGAGGGCCUGACCAAGCAUUACGGUGCUGUCAAAGCCCUCGAUCAAUUCACACACAAGUUUGAAAGCGGACAAGUUCAUGCGCUGAUCGGCAAGAACGGCUCGGGCAAAAGCACCUUCAUCAAAAUGCUCGCAGGCGCCAUCCAGCCGACAGAAGGACAAAUGUUCCUGGACGGCCGGAAACUGGAAUUCCAGAGCCCUGGCGAAGCCAACAGCGCGGGAAUCGUCACGGUUCAUCAGGAACUGUCCCUUGUUCCCGGUCUCAGCGUUGCGGAAAACAUUUACCUGGGCAGGCUGCCAAAGCGCGGCCUGUUGGUGAACUGGAAACAGCUUUAUGACGAUUCCAGAUCAUUGUUGGCCGAGAUAGGAGCCGAAAUGAUCGACCCGCGCGCGACAACAGGUGAUCUGUCGAUCGGGCGCCAGCAGAUCGUCGAAAUCGCAAAGGCGAUGAGCCUGUCGCCAAAGAUCCUGUUGCUUGAUGAACCGACAUCGGCACUGGCCCAUGCAGAGGUCGGGCAAUUGUUCGCACUGGUCGAUCGUUUGCGGACGAGCGGUGUCACGAUCAUCUAUAUUUCCCACCGCCUCGCGGAAUUGCCCAGAAUUGCAGAUACCGUCACUGCGAUCCGCGACGGAACGCUGAUCGGCUCGGUGGCAAUCGACCAGGCAAGCCCCAAGGUAAUCCUGGACAUGAUGUUCGGCGAGUUGCCGCCUCUCCAACGACCGACCCGCCAUAUCGACAAAACGCAUUCGGCCCUGUCGGUGCGCGAUCUCGAACUGGCUCCAUUCUUCAAGGGCGUCUCGUUUGACCUGCAUCACGGUGAAGUUCUGGGAAUUGCAGGAAUGCUUGGGUCCGGACGCACCGAGUUGCUGCACACGAUUUUCGGGGCGCGGCGUGCGGAUGCAGGCAGGAUCGCGGUCAAGGGCAAUACAGUGUCCAACCCGUCGAUCGCUACCAUGAAGGCAGCAGGCAUCGGAUACGCUUCGGAGGAUCGGAAGGCGUCAGGGCUUGUACAAUCUGCAGCAAGUCACGCCAAUUUGUGUCGCGUCGGGCAGAAGCGGAUCGCACCCAGCGGCUGGACCAACCUCGCUCUGGAAAGACCCUUUGUCGACAAACAGGUCGCCGGUCUGCAUAUCAAGAUCGGGGACCCGAUGGCCCCGGUGUCGUCUUUGUCCGGAGGCAACCAGCAAAUGAUCGUCGUCGGCGGUUUGCUGAACAACGAGCCCGACAUCCUGCUUUUUGACGAGCCCGGGCGCGGUGUCGACGUGCAGGCCAAACGCCAGAUCUAUGAAAUCAUCUGGGACAUGGCGGCGCGAGGACUUGCCUGCAUCGUGGUGUCAACGGAACUGGAAGACCUGACCGAUUGCUGUGACCGCGUUCUCGUGCUGCACGAGGGCAGGCUGUCCGCCGAAUUCCUAAACGAAGAUCUUGACCCAAAAUCACUUUACGCCGCCUGCAUGACCGGCGAUGACACCGGAGCCGCUGCAUGA